AAUGCUGGCUUUACUCCCCUAAAUAAUGUGAUUAGUAAGCUAUCAGGUAGUACCAGACUAUUAUGCACUAAAGGAGUGAGUAGACAUGAAGGUACCAACAGGAAAGAGGACAGACAGAGGGACCUAAAUAUCAGAGAGAGGCCUCCUUUUCCCAAGUCAGUGAAUACCAAAAGAAGAGGGCUGAGGCAGCCCUGCAGGAGGAGGAACCAGACUUCCCCAGAAAGAACAAGAGAGUGGAAUCCCCAGACCACCCUCUCACUGCCUCAGAAUGGGAGAGCCUCAAAUUGACUUCACCGAUCGCUUUGACGUCCGGA